AUGGCUGCCAACGGAAGUCGCUCCCAGGAGGCCCAUUCUUGGGCUGACGGUCCUUGGCCCCUGAUCGAAACCCCCUCAAAGACACGAGACGUUUCCAAGCAUGCGGCGAUCUAUAUCGCUAAUGAGAUGGCCUUUGCACAUAAUGCGAUGCUUCGAGGUUUGAACUCACUAUACCUCCAAGCUGACCUAUCUGAGUCGCAAGACAUCAGAGACUUCUUGUUCUUCCUUCGUAGCUGGGCUGGAUGGGUGUCCCACCACCAUGUAAUGGAGGAAGAGCAAAUGUUCCCGCAGUUCGAGGAGGCUAUGAAACAGCCCAAUUUCCUACAAGGGAAUAUCGAGGAGCACCAUACUUUUCAACCGGCUCUGAAAAAGCUUCUCGCGUACGGGGAGACUAGGCCCGACGAAUAUCAAGUCUCAACCGUACGUAACUUGAUUGAGGAGAUGGCCCCUAGCUUUCGUGCGCACCUGGUCCACGAAAUCACCAGUCUAUUGUCUAUGGCCACCUACGAUGGCCCCUCUCUACUCAAAGUCUACAAAGGGUGCGAGGCCGAGGCAGCUAAACAAAACAAGGUAAAACCUUUCUACUUUCUCCUCUAUUCCCCCCUGCUGCUCCCCCCUUUUCUCCCUCUGUGA